AUGCCCAGCGGGAAAUUGGCCACAAUCCAAUCGUUGAGAGCUCUCGCGAUCACUUUCGUUCUUUUCUAUCAUCUCAACGCGAAAUGGGUCCCCCGAGGGUUUCUCGGAGUUGAUAUGUUUUUCGUGAUCUCUGGCUAUCUGAUGGCGAAGAUUUUCUAUGACAAGGGCACCUCUUGCUCACAAGCCUACGAAUUUUACAAGCGACGCUUUAGAAGGAUCAUGCCUUGUUAUGGCUUAACAAUAGCUAUAGUUGUGUGGUUUGGUCGGAUGAAAUUGGUGGACGUCGACAGGGACAAUUUGUUCACCGACGCACUCUUGUCGCUGGGAAUUGUUUCAAAUAUGCAACCAUUCUAUACGAAAUUUGAUUAUUGGCAAAUGAUCUCCGAGUACAAAUUCCUGACUCACACGUGGUCACUCGCUUUAUCUGUGAAUGGAUUGAUUGUACUUCCCCCGUCUCAAUCCUUCGGUUUUGUCUUUUGUCGACUUUGGCAAUUCAUCGCUGGAAUUGGAGUACAUCUAAUUUUCAUUGCGUCCGAUGAAAAAAAUAUGAUUGGGGGUUAUAAAAGAAUGCAAAUCGAAGAAGCGGAUGGAUUGCUGGGUGAUCAGGAAAAUGCCUUGAAAUCAGGCGAUGACGUCGAAAUAAAAGAUAAUCAACCUUGUCACUCAAAAUUUCCUCAUAUCGCUGUCGGAUUGUUCUUGUUAAAUAUUGGCCUCGGAUUCUUUGAAUCCCUUCCAAUUUAUCUAUCUCGUUUACUCUCGGUGCUCGCUACAGCCGGGAUCAUUUAUUUGACUCAAAUCGAAGAAUCCCCUCUGCUCACCGUUCAACCAAUGCCCUACAUCGGCGAUGUCUCCUAUAUUUUGUAUUUGGUUCACUGGCCGGUGAUCACUUUCUAUAAAGUGCUCAACAAUGCUGAACUGACAAUAUAUGAUGUCGGUGUGAUGUUUGUAUUGUCGGUGCUUAUCUCGCUAGCCGCUCAUCACUUCAUCGAAAAUCAUUUUCUCGGACAAGGGGCCUAUUUAUGCCUUCCGUUCACCGUUUUCUGCUAUCUGAUGGCCAUCUCCGGUGUAUUCUUACCAAUCCAAAAGCCUCUCGAAAUCGAUUCUGUACCUAUGAUGCUCAUAAAUCAAACUAAAGAUUGCACAGCUCUCCUGAAACUCCCGGAAAUGCCCGAUUUCAAGAACUGGAGCGCCGAAGGAGCCUAUUAUGAACACUAUGGGGAAUUGCACGGAAAUGGCUCAUUCGAUGUGAUGGUUGUCGGCAAUUCUUAUGUACAACACUAUAGAAAUUGGCCGGACAAGAUCUUCCAGAAAAGAUACAGAAAAUACUAUCAUCACGAUAUUAGCACGUGCGUCCCUUUCCUCGAUUAUCGUGGUCUUCAUGUAUUGGGUGGUGUCUGUGAGAAAUACUUUCAGAGAGUCAUCAAAAACAUCGAGGAAGUGAAACCGAAAAUCGUGUUCUUUAUUCUCGGGUACGGUAAGGCGAAUGAUUUGAUUAUGGUGAACUUCAAGAAAAUGUACCCACCGGCGAUCGAGCGAAUAAAGAGAAUAGCAGCCUCAACUGAACACUUAUUGAUCACUUAUCCAAUGUUUUAUCUCGAUGAUGAUCGGGCUCACAAAAACGAACGAAUAUUCCGAAAAGGAGAUCCGUUGCCGCCGAGGAAUCGCUCGCAAUUCACGUAUUCGGACUACUUGAAGCAGUGCGGCCACACAUUGACCUUGCUCUUUCGAGCCACUGAAAACUGUCCGAUGUGUCGACUCGUUGACACACAAUCGUUGUUUUGUGAAGACGGGAUUCAUUGUGAUGUGUUCGAUUACGAUUGUGGGAAGAAUCUCUACGAUUGGGGCGGGCGACAUCCAAGCGUUUUUGCCCGCAAUCGACAACAGGCGGUCUACCAAAUGGUAAUCGAUCAAGUGUACAGUCAAAUCGCAGACGAUGAGCUGACAAAGAAA